AGUUGGCCGUAUGUAGGAUUAUCUCCUCACCAAAGGUGGGCUGGACAACUUGAAUAGACUUUUCUCCGAUCCUGGGCACGUGGGAGGCCCUGUUGUCAUUCUCGUUCCCAGAAGCCUGCAGUGAUUGGUCCCUGUCGUGAGUGACGAAGAUUCGUUAACGGCUAGCGGCUGGGAACUUCAGAUGCACACCUGCUGACUGAGGUCACAGAAGGGGCACCCAGGAAAACAACCUGCUGCAGUCGUCACUUUACGACAUCGCAGCUGCGAGCUCGAGCAAAGACUGAGAGUAGGUGGACCGCACAUCUGAAAAGCCUGAGGAGUGAUCAUGGAGUCAACUUCACCAUCUACAGGGGGCUCAAAUCCAGCAAUUACUGGAGAGUUUGGAGCGAUAGCACUCGCCUGGGUUAUACCAUUUCUCUUCUUCUUAGUGCUGUGGAUAGUCCUGAUUGUCUGCUGCUUUUUCUGUGAAGAACGAUGCAAGCCUGUGCGAGACAAAAUAGGACUAGAAAGGAAGUAUCGUGAGUUAAUGGGGAAGAAGAACAAAUUGGACAACACGACAAUAAGCUUUGCUGCCUCUGAUGCUAGGAUGUCCACUCGCUCUAAAGUAUUCUCGACCAUGAGUCCGGAUCGUCAGGCCAUGUUGAGGACAUACAGGAAUACUAUCAUCGACAACAUGAAAUCACCGACCACAGUCGCAUCGUACCUGGCCCAGGAAGGCGUUAUCCAUUCUGCCACGCUUAACGCCGUAAUAAGUCAGCCUACACCAGAAGACAAGUCAAAGAAGCUGUUGGACGCCCUGCCCUCGUACGACGAUGAAUCAUACGGCUGCCUCUGUGCGAGUCUCAGGGAACAGGAGAAGCUCCACUGGCUGGCGGACACCCUGGAAGGAGAGGGGCUUUCAGUCGACAAGAAGAAGCAGAUAGCCAACCAUAGAAACCUGCUGGUUAACAAGAUGGAUCCCGACACCAUCGUGGAACAUUUGUCUAAUAAUAAAGUUUUCACCGGACACAUGGCGAACUGCUGUCUCGGUGCGAAGUCACGCGAGGACAAGAACAAACGGAUUCUCCACCUCCUGCCCUCCCGGAGUGAUCGGGACUUCGGUCUCUUCUGCACCGCCCUCAGAACAGACGACAAGUCAGCCUAUCUUGCUGACCUUCUCGAGGGCGAGGGUGUUAACCUGAACACGAGGAUCAUGGAUGAGGAGGCUGCCACAGUGAAGAGUGCCGUGCCCAUGCAGAGUGCCAUGAAGGCCAACACCACCACUGGUUCCACUGGAGAAGGACUGAACUCGGGCAUAGAUCUGAGUCCUAACGUGAAAAUGGACGCAGGACAGGAGUUGGGGUCUGUGGGACCGGCGCCGGGGAGACUCAUGUCCGCAGUGUCGUCUGCCGUGGUGCCAGUCAGCAUGCCUGUCAUUUUGGAAGUGAGCGGAGAAGUUGACGGUGCUCAGUGGCUGUAUAACGGAGAGAGCCUCGCCCGACGCCCCGGCUUCAGGGCGACUUCAGACGGCUUUCUACACGAGCUGCACAUCGACUGCAUGACCCCUGACCUGGACGGCACCUACACCUGCCAGGGACGUGCACCUGACGGCGGGACCGUGUCGUGCGAGAUCAAAGUCACAACUGUGGAGUAGGGCGUUAGAGCGUGGGGUGCUUCGGAGAACAAACAGGUCUGAAUGGAGUGAUUUCAGCGUGAUACUGGGUAGUAAGUUUAGGUGAUUAUUUAAUGUUAAUCGAGAAGGUAGUCUAAAGAGAUAGCUGACGUGUGUAUUAAUACUCUAGAAUGUACCUUAUAUAUCAAGUGCUUUGCAUAAAAUAUAGGGUAUACAUUUUACAUGUUAACAUUAUAAGUUAAUGUAAUACUACUCCCAAUUUGCAGACUAGGAAAUACAUGUAGUACUAAUUGAUGAGAUAUAGUCCACCCAUCUCGCAUAGUCUAGAUCUAAAAUAAUAAUUCCUUGACAAGAACCAUGUGGUGAUAUGUACUUUUGUUGUAUCCUUGUAUCAUUAUAUUUGUUGUAUCCUUGUACCUUUUGUUGUACCAUUUCAACAGACAUGUAGACCUUAAGUUGUCAUUUUUGUCGCGUGAAUAAAGUUUUAUUUCAUUUGGUCA